UCGAAAAACGCUUCAAUUUCAGCUAUAACAUAAAAGUAAUAAAAAUAAUUUUUCAGUUAGUUGUUCGUUUUCUUUGUCAACGCUACGUUCUAUUAUCAAUAACUUUAUCGGUGUCAACAGAAAAAAUACGAACAAAACGUACAUUACAGUAUUUUUUUGAGGGACUUUUCAAUGUUUUAAAUGAGAAACGAAAUGAUAAUAAUCUUCAUUCAAAAAGUACAAAUGACCAUAGGCUUUCACCAUUAAUAAUGUUGACAAAAUUAAGUUCGAUUUCAACUCAAUCGAAAAUGUUUGAAGAUGAUGACGAUAGUGAAAGUGUUCCAACAUCUAUAUCAACAUCUAAAAAUGUCUUACCAAAGGCAGUUUUUAAAGAAACUUCAUAUUCAGCGGAAACAACCACCAUCACAAAUGAAGAGAAAACAUUUCCCUUGGAAUCAAGUACAAGUACUACACUUGUCCCAACCACCAUAGAAACAUUCAUUACAACAAAUUUGGAUUCAUCAACAACAUCAACAAUUUCACCAACAACUGUAUGUGUAUUCAGACAUGAAGGUGAUAAGGAAGAUACAUUACAAUCAAAAGUGACCUCAAACCGACGUCGUCACACGUUUUUUGAUGGCCCUUUAAUUGUUGAACAACACAAUGAUUGGAAAAAGCAUAGCCCAAAAUACACCAAUGAUUGCCAACAUUCGAACGAUAAUAUUCAUCCAUAUUUAUCACCUAAUUUACGUAGUUUUCUUGAUUCAUUAUCAGUUGAUUUACCAAAGGAUGAGUCAUUGAAUGAACAACGUCGACAUCCAAUUAUAUACUUGCAUCAGCCGCAUUUCCAAUUUCACAUAUAAUACAACAAUAAUACAUAUAUAAAACAACAAA